GUGCCUAUGUUUCUAGCUUAAAAUUGAUUAUAAUAUUUAGCGGAUGCUAUAAGAUUUUAAAAUGAUGAAGUUAUUUUACUGGGUAACUAAAGACAUUAUGCCAUUUAGAAUAACUUUAUUUUAUAACGCUAUUUAUUUAUGAAAUGUAUGCAUGAGUGUGGAUUACUGGUAAUUCAAAUUGCUACUUUGAGUAAUGUUUGUGUAUAAACAUAUAUUCUUCCAAUUGCACAUCAUUUUUAAGUGUUUAUAGCAUAAAAACAUUUAUUUCUGCUUUGACUUGUUGUCAGAAUAUAGAAUCUGCAUUUUUGUAAGGCAUUUACUACAAAACAUUCUACCAAUGGUUUGUUUGCUCUUGAUUGUAAUACAUUUUAGUAAUAGAUUAUUUAAAAAAACAUUUUCAGGAAUGUUUAAGUAUGCAAACAAAACUUAAUCCUGCAGAUUUUUUUAAUGUCUACACUGGACACAUUUCUUUUAGCCACUUUAGUUUGUUCCCAGAGAAAUGAAAGUAUACUGAGAGCACGCAAACCAUAAGGUUUUUCACUUGAAAAUAUUCAAACAAACACAUUCACACCUGCAGGCAAGUGAAAUCCAAUCAAACCUCUAUAUAAUAGUGGUAUGUAACCCACAUUGUAGGACAUUCUGGCAACAAAGAUGGAGGGAGAGCCAAAGGUGAAGAACAUUGUGGCACUAGCUGAGAAAGUGCUCCCUAACACUGCCCCUCAGGGCAAGGACAGCAUCGUCAGGGAGACCGAGGCUUUGAGGGCCGACUGGGAGGCAUUUGUAACAGCCCUGCAAAAGACCAAGAAAGACCUGGAGAACUGUAUGGACCAAUGGAAGGAGUUUGACUCCUGGUACGAGCGCUGCAACUCCUGGCUUAAGGAGGUUGAGCUCAAGGUCAAGGACACGGAGCUCAAGGCCACGCUCAAGGACAAGCAAACACAGCUGGAGAGACUGAGGAAGCUCCAGGAGGAGUUGAACGGUCGUCAAGGUGAUAUUGAUUCUCUGAGUGACUCUGCGCAGGAUCUGGUGAGGGUUAGCACGGACACUCGUGUGAUCAGUCAGGCAUCACAGCUCGCCUCCAAGUACCAGACCCUGAAGGUCACUGUCAAGGAGCUGUGUCGACGCUGGGAGCAGUACGUACUUGACCACCAGGCCUACACAGGUUCCUUCGAGCAGUGCAAGUCGUGGGUGGUGGCCAUGCGCAGGAAGCUGCAGUCACAGGCUGAUGUCAAGGGAGACAAGCGAUCCGUGCAGGAGAGAAUCGAGAAACUCCAGACUUUCCAUGACCCUUGA